CCGGGCGCCGCGCUCAGGGCCCGGGAAUGUGCGCCAAGUGGGGUGGCCCUGCCCGGGUUCCCGGAGUCUGGGGCGCCGCCCCCUCCCCACCGGUGCCCAGAUCGCGUCCCCUCGAGGGCCCCCUUUCCCGGUCACUAACCCCCUCCCCAGCCCCUCCCCUCCCCCUCCCUCAAAGACGCCCCACUCAAGAACUGGCGAGGCUGAGUUCGGAUCCCAGGGCUCCCGGCCACCCCCGGCGCAGGGCCCCAGCGCACCGCGGGAAGCUCAGCCCCAGGGGCCGGGCGUGGGGGGCGGAGAACCCCCUCCCGGCCCGGCCUGGCGCAUUCCCGGGAGCUGCUGUCACCAGAGGGCGCGCCCCACCCCUCCUCCCGCCUCCACGCCCGCCCCGGACUAGGAACUGUGGCUGCGGGUCAGACCCGGGACCAGAAAGUCUCCCUCCCGUGCGGCUGUGGUCCCCUCCUCUCCGACCUCAGUCUCCCCAUCCCGGCAACGGGGUCGUAGGGGUCUCCACCGCGGAGACCCCCUGCUUCCAGCCGGACCCCAGCUGCUUGCGCGUCCUGGCAAGAACCGGGCUGGCCCUGAACUCCCCCUACCCUUUCCCCCUGCACCCCCUCCGCCUCCAUCACGCAAGGGUGCAGCGGGCACCCUCUGCUCGCCCCCUCCCCUGCUCCUUGCUAUCGCCCAUGAUUCUGCGUUGGUGGGCUAAGGAGAUGGGGACGCUAAAGGGCAGUGGGUGGACUGCCCCUGUGCACCGAGGCUUGGCCCGAGUGCCCCCUGCUCCUCCCAGAGCCCACCACAGGGUCUCUAGCCCGGACCGCAGGGAGGGCUUUGCCAGCGCAGCUGUCUGCCCUUCAGCCUGGAGCAGCUCAGAGCAGGACCACCCAGUGCCACUCAUUCCUCUGGCAUUUAUCGAGCACCCACCGUGUGCCAGUGCAGCUGUGAACAGGAUCCCACGUGGCAUUGAGCUGUUUCUCUUGUUAAGGUGUCUUGCUGACAGGGAGACAUUGAACUUUCCACCCUGGGGCCCCAGAGAAUCCACCGAGUCCAGCUCCCAGCCACCCCUUGAUUCUGGGAGCCCCCGAGGACCAAAACAAUCUGCCCCACCCCACCUUCCAGAGGCCCUGGCCAAUGAGGGGCAGAUGCCAGGGGCUUGAUGCCCCCCUCAUCCUCCCCUUGGUCAGGCAUUUCUGAGGAAUCUUCUACCCAGUUCCUCAGAGGCCCACAGUGGUUACCAGGUCAUGCCCUGCCUUGUUCUCCCCAGCCCCUCACUCUUGCUCUGCAAAGCCUCUUGCUGUAGUAAACCCUUGCUUCAGGCUCUGCUUUCAGGACAGGGAAGCUGCCCAUUUCAGUCUUUUACUGGCCUGGACAUUGUGAGUGGGAGGAAGUGAGAAAAGGGGACAGGGCCUCAGAACUGAGCUCUGGCAUCAGGAGAAGGAAGAGGAGCCUCAAAGGAGAAUAGAAAAGAUUUGGCCUAAAGGCGGGGAAAACGCCUGCAGAGAGGCAUCACGGAGGAUGAGAGGACAGAUGGCACUUCUGGAAGGAGCUGACACUGGUGCUGAGAGCAGGAGCGUCAAGGACAAAGUUUGGUUAUAAGGGUGGGGGUGGAAGGUGGAAGCCAACUCCAGAGCCCCCCACACCAACCCUGGGCUGGUCCCCAGGCAGCACGCUGCUGCAGUCAUGGGGCUUCUGAAGCGUGGUGGCGGGGUCCCCUCCCACCUGCUCUGCUCCAGGGUCCCCGUCCCCAGGGAUGCACCAGGUUGGCGGAUGCUCAGGAGUUAUAGGCACGCAGUGUCUGCAGCAUUUCAAGCCUGAGGCCAGAGAGGGACACUGAGCUGGCUGUCACAUCUGCCCACAUGCUCUCAGUGUGGCACUUUCUGGAAGGAAGGGACUGCACCACCGCCGACCCCAGGGAGGCCCCCUGGACUCUUUCUGCCCCUCACUGUCUCAGCAGCCGCCUCUCAGGUCAGCACAAGAACAGACUGGAGGGAAGGCGAGUUUGUGGCCAGAAGCAUGGGGGUGGAGGUGGGGGUGGCCAGGCAGGGGUGCCGGCCUGUGACUGCCUCUGCCUAGGGAACCCUGCGGGGGUCAGCAUAGGAGGCUCAGGCAGCCCCGCUGAGCCCAACACCACCUCGCUUCUUUGCAAACUGCAAUCCUUCUUUGCAAUCUUUGCAAAAUGCCUUAGUAUCCCCAUCUGUAAAAUGAGGAUAUUGAUAAGCCCCCCCUAAGGCUGUAAUUUUUGGAGAGGGCUGAAUCUAAUGUUUUCCAUUUUUUAAAAUCUUGGCAAAAUCCACAUAGUGUAAAAUUCACCAUCGUAACCAUUUCUGAGUGCACAGCAGGGGGUGUCAAGCACAGUCACGUGUCGUCAGCGGUGCCCACCCUCCCUCUCCAGAACUUUCCGUCCUCCCAAACGGAAGCUCUGUCCCCAUGCAACACUAACCCCCACCCCCUCCCCCAGUCCCCGGCCCCACCGUCCACUUUCUGUCUCUGUGGAUGCAGCUCCUCUGGGGACCUCCUGGGAGGGGGAUCAGACGGGAUUUCGCUGAGCCCAACCACACCGUAGCAGGUGUGAGCAUGUCCUUCCCUUUUAAGGCUGAAUACGAUUCCCGUGUGUGCAGGUGGACACAUUUUAUCUGUUCAUCACCAAUGCACAUGAACGAGUUGCUUCCACCUUUUGGCUGGUGUGAUUCAUGCUGCCAUGGAUGUCUCUGUUUUAACAGAUAAAGUUAUUGUAUUUUUUUCAUUCAAUUUUCAUUCUAGGGUGCUG